GAGUAUUUUCAUCAUUGAAUAACCCUAGAGUUCUUUUUCAUUUAUUGAUAUUUCAUUGAAAACAAUUGGCCCACCUAGUUCAGCAAAAUAUAAAGUGCUUGUUUGUCAAACAAACAUUCAAAAACUCAAAGAUAGUUUCAAUAAGUCAAAGAAAGCUAUAGAAUGUCACUUAAUUACAUAGUAUCUCAUUGAUCAGUUAAGGGGCAGUACUUGUGAAAGAACAAACUCUAAAGAAAGCCAAAGAUUAAGACACCUUCACUGUGGGUCUGUCAGAUAAUGUAAAAAUAUUAAAUAUGAACCAGUAUAACCUUUGAUAUAACACGCUUUGGCAGUUUGUUAAGAAGCAUCGUCACAGCAGUAUUUUGUUUUACCUACAAUACAUUUCUUUCUAACCCUGUGAAACAUCGGAUGUAGCUUCUGUGACAUCAUCAAUUGGAUCGCCAACCUGUUUUUAGUACUCCGUUCAGGAUUCUGUUUGAUGCCAUGAUGGUUAUUUGGAACCAGGAAUGACCAUAUUUGGAUCUGAGGGUGACGUUGGAGAGUUUGGCUCACUCAGGGUCCGAUUAACAAAAGGAUUGCACAUUCUUUUGCGGCUCCUGAACCUUUGCUAAAAUUAGUUAAAAGGAGCAUACUAAGUGAGCACAAUCAAAGUGUUGCAAAUACCGAACUAUCUCUGGUUAGACAUUUGUUUGUAAAUGUAUCUUUAAUUUACGGCAGAGAGAAAAGACAGUUGUGCAACUAAUUUUACACGAUGAACCUGACAUCAGCAAACCAUUCAAUAUCAUGGACACCGUCUGAAACAUAGCCAUUCUAAAGUUUUUAAGUAUAAAAGGAAAUAUACAGAAUAAAAUGACUAUGAGGUAAGAUAUACUCUGGCAGUUUUCCCUAUAACGAGUAUAUUUAAUCUGUAUUCAAGCAGUUUACAAGAUCUUCCAGCUUGACGUGAAUUCUUAAAAAGUAAAAAUAAAAAAGCGCUCUGUAAUAAAGACAAUGGAGAAGGAGAUGGUGUCUCCCGAGAUCUUAUUGGUCGAUUGCAUUCAUGGAAACUGCACUAUGGGGCACAACGGUGAAGUCAUUAAGAAGCUUACAGACGUUCUGCCAGAUUAGGUUUUUCUCUUCUAAUCCGGCAGAUUACCACUGCACAAGCCUGCUGGCUGGGAGUGCUUCGAUGCGCUGCCACAGUUUCUUUACAUUGAUCAUUUUUUGUUGCUGCCACAUCACUGGACUUUGGAGACUGAGACAGAGGAGGGACAGGCAGGACUAAGCAAAGGUCAGAGUGCAACAGAAGUGCAGAAGCUACACAGCUGCAGGCGGGCCAAACCUUUUACACAAUUGUGGGUAAAGCCAGGAUUUCAGGGAUGAGCUCUGAGAUGAAACGCAACAUGGAUUUUUAAACGCAACAUCAGAGCAAAAUUCUUUUGAAAGAGCUUAGAUGGCUGAAAUAGACUGACAACACAAAUACCAGCCUGCACCUUUGUAGAAACAUUGGCUGAACGAGGAGGAUCGUCUCUUUUGAAGACUACUGCAGAUGGUGUCUAUCGCUCUGUGGAAAAAUGGAGACUGAUCCAACUUGUGGAGAACACAAAGACCCUGCAGGAGAGCCUACAGAGCCUGAGGUAAGAGGGGCCAUUUCCGAGUUUGCUGAUAGGGAUGGUCACACCGAGCCGCUCUGUGGGCCUGCAGAGGAAAGCAAAGGACACUGUGUGAAAGAGCCAGCUGAGACAGAAAUCUGUGUAAGUGAGCGUAACAGCUCUGAGAUCAAAAGUCUCUCUGAUCCUGGGGGAGACGGUGGAGACGCAGAAUGCAAGAAAAAGAGGAAUCUGAAAAAAACAAACAGCUGGAAGAUGGUUCGAUUCCAAGACCCAUCAAUGGAGGAUGAUGUGUCAGACAGAGACCCCUCGGCAGAGAGCCUCUUUCCACAAUACGUGACAGAGGAGUGGACCUCCUCCACCUUUGAGAAACUCUUUAUGGCAGAAGACUGGCAUGACAUCACAGAGGAUCACCUGUUAAGGAAGAAGGUGCUGGUGUCGAGGGACCUGAAUGCAUCACACCCAACCUGUCAGGAGGUCACUGUGAAGAUGCAGUGUGUCCUGGAGGACCGCACUGUGGUGGAGAAGGACUGCAAGCUUGUCUUUGUUAUCGGAGAGGGAGAUGUAAACCAGGCCCUGGAGGAGUGUGUUAUGUCCAUGCAGAAAGGCGAGAUCACAUUACUGCUGGCAGAUUCACAGUAUGCUUAUGGACUUUUGGGAAGGGAGCCUGAUAUUCCAGCCUGGGCUCCUUUACUCUACCAGCUGCAGCUUCUGAACAUCAGGGAAAAGCCAGACCCAUUCACGCUGCCCGUCGCAGACCGUAUUCGCAUCGGCAACCAGAAACGAGAGCGAGGAAACUUUCAUUUCCAGAGGGAGGAAUACAGCAUGGCUGCCAGAGCCUAUUGCAUGGCUUUAGAUGUGCUAACCACACACAGCAGAGAUGGUAGUGAUGUUGGUGUUAAGGCAGGAGAGGAGGAGGAGGUGAAGGACUAUCGUGUGAAGUGUUUGAACAAUCUGGCCACCUCUCAGCUCAAAUUGGAGCAGUACGACGAUGCUUUGCACACCAGCCGGGAUGUUCUGACCCUCGAGUCCAACAAUGUCAAAGCCCUUUUCAGGACUGGGAAGCUCCUGUCAGACAAGGGUGAAUUCAAAGAGGCCAUGGAGGUGCUAAAAAAGGCCUUGAAACUGGAACCAACCACCAAGGCGAUCCAUGCUGAACUAUCCAAACUUGUCAGAAGGCAGUCGGGAGGUAAAGACACUCAGGAUUGGAAACCGAAACCAGCAGAGCUGCUUGGAGACAAUAUCGCACCUUUUCUGAUUCCUUCUAGAAAAAAGGAGCCAUCUGGACUCUCCUGGAAGUUUAUACUGGGAGCUCUGGUUGUGGCCUUGGGCAGCUUAGUGACGUCAAUGAUUCUGACUGCAAAAAACUGAAAGCCUCUACAGGAAGCACUCAUCAACCCGCCAUCAUCCUUAACAACAUGUGCGAGUUCAGAAUUUCGUCUUCAGGGCUUUUCAGUCAAGACCAAUGGAAAAGAGUUUAAAGUCGAGAUGUGACAGGGGUCUCGCACCAUAAAAGAUAGUUCAACAUCAGGUUAUUCUACAACAGCAUGUUAAUCUGCUGAUCAAAAGGACAUCUGUCCAGUUCUUCCUAUUUAUUGGAAAAGGGAUUACAUUUCUGAUUGUCAGUUAAAAAAAGAAAAUCAUACCUGGAAAACUUUCUAGUGUUAAAGCCAAUGGCUGUGGAACUUUUGCAAAUUUUUUAACCAAACUAUUAAGAAUUAUUUUAAGUAAAUGAGUCACACUGUCAACAUCACAAUGAUGAAAAACAUUUUUAUCUCUGCUCCAAUAACUGAAGGUGCUGAAACUGCAGUGUCAUAUGGAUUUAAGUGAUGUUUAAUUAAAAAUAUUUAAAAGCAUGAACUCCUUUUUUUGUGUGCAUGUUUGUUUCCAAUAUUCAAGCAUCUCUGCCUCCAAAAAUGGGGACACAUUUUUUUUUGGUCUUUUGGUAAAACCAAAAUAUCAAAACAUCACAAUUUUCUUCAUUCAUUUACAUUUAUUUUAAUAAC